UUUCUGGUCUAGUUAUUAUCUACGUUCGAUCUGCCUGUAACGCUAUUUUCAGUAUACUUCGUACUAUUUGCUACAUUAUCUUUGGCAUUUACCGUCUUGUCCGUUCUUGCUUCCGCCUUUCUCUACGAACGGGCGCUGUAGCUGGCCAUACAUCCCGCCGCCAGAUUUCUACAGCCUUCUCUAAAAUCUCCCAAUUUGCCGAUUCACCCAAUCAGGUACAGACACCACCCGCUCCUAAAUCUAUGCAGCUUAAGUAUAGUGUGGUUAUUCUUAUUUGUUUUUUACCGCUCAUUCUGGCUUCUUCUAUUCACGAUGACUGCAAUGAACUCAAAAUAAUAUCUUCUCGUAUAUCGCAGUGUCAAACACUGCCCACAGGUAAGCAAUCCUGUGUUAUCUCAGGACAGGCACAGCUUAGUCUGAGUAACAUAGGUUCUACGACUUGCAUGUUCUUUUCGGACGACAGUGGCGCCAAUGUUUAUUACCUUCGGAUUAAAUUUGAAGACGUCUUUUGCCAAUGGACCACAAUUCACCAAUAUUAUACUUUUCCGGUUUCCGUUGAAAUUUCUUCCAAGUUGAUAUGCCCUAACUUUGAGUAUUGCAGCUGGGGAGCCAAAUGUGUUCCUCGGCGAGAAUACUUUCCGGAAAUCACCAAAGAAUCACUUUCAUGGCCCGGCAUCACGUCAUGCAUUUCUAUUCCAGCAAAAACUAGAUUUUGUGGCGUCAUUCAUUAUGAUCCCUGCCUUCAUUUCCGCUGGUACCUACUCCCACAGUACAAUGCCACCUAUCGUGUUGACAAGAUUACAGGGCAUACUUGUCAACCGAUCAUUACAAUUUCGGAAGCUAUCGACAAUCGUUUAGUCAAUACCACGACAUCCGAUCAAGUUAUUACAAAUUCCGGCAUUGAACUGAAUGUCUUAGGUACCUAUGACCAGCCCCUAUCCCUGCCAUCCCCAUACCUCGUCCAAAACGUCCAUGACUUUUCUGACUCACAUCUGGAAUCCGCUUCUUCUCCAUCUCAGCCUACCCCAGGUCAAUUGGGUGACAUUCAGGCCCCCAAACCGCUGUCUACCGAUUUUAUUUUUAGCCCCCUCAUGGUUUACUGCACUAACUACGAAACAACCCUUCGAUGCCAUAUCCCUCAAAGUUACAUUUCGGUUAUCCAAAAUCAGCGUCCUAAUAUCCUUCCUCGCGCCGUUCAUAACCACCACCUUUACAUUAAUUCGGACGGUGUUUUGCAAUCUAAACUACUUCGGAGUGCCCCAGUAAAUAUUCACAUACGCUUCAAUGACAUGUCCCUUGCCAUAUCCCAUUACAAAAUUUGUCCUCGUAUUGAAUCGAUUGAUUCAGUCACUGGGUGUCAUUCAUGUCCAGUGGCUGCCAAAAUUAUCAUACGAGCCAAAUCCAUCUGCUCUCCAGGUACGGUUUCCGUAUCCUUCAAUAAUAUCCCACUUUCAUCCCGUGCAGUGGCCUUAUCCACUGACAGCUCCCUCGUGACAAUUCAGUUCGUUACGUCGGUCCCCUGUCACGAGGAAAGACUGUGUCUUUACUAUAACGAAAUUAAAAGCUGUGAACCCGUCUCUUUCUGUUUAGAUACCCCGACUCUUUCCCUCACCCAGCGCAAUGAGACGGUCGCCCAGUCCACAGCCGUUAUUCACUCUAGUGGUCUCUUUGAUUCUUUUCUUUCGACCACUUCUUCAUUGGGAACUACACUACAGCAGGGUCUCUACUGGUUCUUCGCUAUUAUCGCCGCUAUCUUCAUCUUUUCGAUGGUAAUCAAUCUAUGCCGUCGAUAGCCCCUAUACAUACAUCUUGGCUAUAUCAUUUCUUCGGCUGCUCGUCAAGACCUUCAUUUUCGGUUGUAUCACCAUGUACUUACGGCUAAUGUCAUGGCGGUCUGGCGGCAACUAUCUUGAUGUGUUGCCCCACAUGUUUCAUAUGCAUACCUACUUGCAUCCACUUCAACCAGAUCGCCAUAAAAAAAAUCAUGUAUAGUUUUUAAGAAUUGUAUAUGUCUGUUCGUUUGUCUCGUGUACGUAUGUGCCAUUGAUGAAAGAUUUUGUAUGUUGCAGACAGCCGACCAUACUCGCAUCGCCUGUUGCUGCAUGCCGACUCACUCCUCAUGGGCCACAAUGGACUGUCAAAUACACACGGCUGACCGAUCUUCACGUCUCCGCUGCCUGGCCAAGGGCCCGGCCGGCAGCCGGGACGUCGAGUACCAGCCGAGUCAACCACACCGCCACUGGUACCUGACUCCAUGGCGAUUAUCCGGCGUGCAUUCUCGGGACCACAUUACCCGAGUGCGGUCAAAAUCGCCCUACAAGUACAAUCGCCACACAACCAUGGUCCGGUACCAGUGCAUCGACUCGAGACGUCCCCGUCGACUUCUGCUCGCGCACCAUCCAGAGGUCCCCUCCACCAACGGCCGUCGCUGUCGACUCCAGCCAGUUGCCACCACAAUCACUGGCCGCCAGCAGUCGACAGUACCGCCCGCUCCAGCCGGCCGCGCCUUCUGUCACUGUCCACUGACGGUGACCUCAUCGGCGCGGCUCUGUCAUGGGCCGGGAUCUCGGACAUCAAGAUCCGGAGAACCUACACAUCUCCGCGCUGCGAGCAAGUCACCCACCAGCUCGGGACGUCUACUUCUUCACUCGGUCGUGUGUUGUUCUGACGCCUCCUAUUGUCGGCUCAUGGGGGAGGGGAGGUAAUGUCGCAAGGCUUUGCUCAAAGGACUAUUGCUACAAGCGCGUAUGGCCUUGUUCAGGUGCGUGCGGCCCGCUGCAGAUCCGGGUUAUUAAUUCAACGACUGACCGGUUCUGCAGAGGUUUCCGCGUCGUUCCUCGAAUAAGCUUAUGCGCUUGCCGCAUGACGCUCCUUAUAUGAUCGCGCUGUGCGUGAAAGAUCCUGUAUAAAAGCGUGCGUGAAUUAUCAAAUACACAGAGUGCUCGAGACCGGCUUUGGGGACGCAUCGGCACACCGAACCU